UGAACUACGAAAUUGCCCUCAAUUUAAUAAACAAUUCCCAUGCUAUCCAACCCUAAAUUUCACACUUCACCCUCCUCUCUCUCCUCUCAGUCUCUCACUCUCGCGGUGCUCUCUGUCUCGUCUCUCUCUUUACCUUCGUAUUAUCGAAUUCUGACUUCAAGUUGAAGACAUGAAUGCGUUCAAGGCAUACAAGGCAUGUGCCCCAAUUGCUUGGAGCCCCAAUCUCUAUAUAACUCUGGUGAGGGGCAUUCCAGGGACCAGAAAGCAACAUAGGCGCACUUUGGAAGCACUACGCCUGGGCAAAUGCAACCGAACUGUCAUGCGAUGGAACACACCUACUGUUAGGGGAAUGAUCCAACAGGUCAAGAGGUUAGUUGUUGUUGAGACAGAGGAGAUGUACAAGGCCCGCAAACAGAAAGAUGAAGCCCACCAAGCUCUUCGUCCUCCACUGAUCAUAAACCAUCAACCUCCUUCUGCUUAGGGUACUUUGUAAUGUUUGCUGUGUUCUAGACAUGAUCUUGCUACUAAAACUUUCAAAUGCCUAAGUUAGAAGCUAUGAUCAGAUGGUUAACUUGCUUUGAAGAUCAUGCUUUUAGUUUUGAAUCUAUAAUUUUGAAGUUGUUUCAACUGAUGCAACAUUAGUAAAGCUUUAGGCCUCUGCUUUUUUAUUUCAACAUUUAGGCCUCUGCUUGAAAACAGGCCAUCAAUUUAAGUCUGGAAUCAUUUAUUCUAUAAAUGCUUGUUUCUUUAGGAAACAACUUACAAACAGUCUAGUUUGCUCGUUAUAUUCUAUUUCCAUUCUUAAAAUAGGAUUUGUUGACUAAAUCACAUGUAAUAUGAAAAUUGGAAGUAGUAUUAAAUAUAUUA